UUUGUCAGAGGUGGGGAACCUGAAAAAGGGUAGUAAAAAAACAAAACAAGAACAUUGCAAGAAAAUAUUGAUUGAUUCUCUGACUCCCUUAGGUGGGAUCAGAGGAUCAUCUUCUUCUUCCCUCCCCAAUAAAGUUUCCUUGUACACAGAGAUAUAUAUAUAUAUCACUAUAUACGAAUAUAUAUUAUAUACAAUCAUAUUUGGAAUGGUAACCUCUGGGCCCUUGAAGCCUUGUGCAAAUUGAAAAACUUAUUCAAUGGAUUGGAAUAUGUUAUUUUGAUAUAUAUAUAUAUAUAUAUAAGCACAUUUGGGGAAUAAAAAAGGUGGGUCUGAUUGAUUUCUUGAAAUGGGUAUGCCACAAGUUGAUGGGAAAAUGGAGGGGUGGCUUUACCUCAUUCGGUUCAACCGAUUUGGGUUGCAAUAUUCACGUAAAAGGUAUUUCAUUCUCGAGGAUAACUGCCUCAAAAGCUUCAAAUCCAAACCCAAUUCGGAUAUGGAGGAGCCGGUAAGAAGUGCAAUCAUUGACUCCUGCAUUCGGGUUACAGACAAUGGGAGAGAGAGCUUUCACAGAAAAGUGUUCUUCAUCUUCAGCCUCUAUAACACUUCUAAUCAUAAUGAUCAGCUCAAGUUUGGAGCAAGUAGUCCGGAAGAAGCAGCUAGAUGGAUUCGUUCGUUACAGGAUGCUGCAAUAAACCCAGCAAAGAAUUUGGCGGCUUGCUCUAAGAGAAAAUGGCAACCUUUUAGAAUGAGUAUGUCAAAAAGGGCAGCCCAUAAGAAAUCGAUAGAAUGGACUUCUGCCUCGUGCAAGCAUAUGUAUGCAAUGACAUCUGAUGUAAUUGCACCUUCUCCGUGGAAAAUUUUUGGCUGUCAAAAUGGAUUACGGCUAUUCAAAGAAGCAAACAAUAGAGAUUCUGGUGGAAGGAAUUGGGAAGAUCAUCCAGCAAUAAUGGCAGUUGGCGUGGUUGAUGGAACGUCAGAGUCUGUUUUCCGCACUCUUAUGUCUCUUGGUCCAUCAAGAUCAGAAUGGGACUUCUGUUUCCACAGAGCUAGCGUGGUCGAGCACCUUGAUGGCCACACAGAGAUUAUUCACAUGCAGUUAAACAAUGAAUGGCUGCCAUGGUUGAUGAAAAGAAGAGAUUUACUCUUGCGACGUUAUUGGAGAAGGGAAGAUGACGGCACAUAUGUAAUUCUUUACCAUUCCGUGUUUCAUAGAAAGUGCCCGCCACAAAAUGGCUAUGUCCGAGCCAACCUUAAAAGUGGAGGAUUUGUCAUACGUCCUGUAAACCAAGGGAAAGAGUCAGUGGUCAAACACAUGCUUUCUAUCGAUUGGAAGUUCUGGAGAUCCUAUAUAAGAAAAGCUUCUGCGAGAUCCGUAACUAUCCGUAUGCUAGAGAGAGUUUCCGCAUUAAGGGAGCUGUUUACAGCAAAAGCAGGAAAUUACUACUCUUAUGAAUUCUCAUAUGGGGAAAUGACUAAAGAUAGUGGAUUGACUCAGAGUGAAAAUGAGAGUGUCAAACCAGAAGUUAAAAGGCCUGAAGAGAUAAUAGAUACAGAAGAGGGUAAAAUGGAAGUUGAGCUAGAGAAUAAUGUCCUUUCUGGGACUUCAAGUCUGCGGGGACUGAAUGACGCGGCUGAUGAGUUCUUUGAUGUUCCUGAGCCAUCGGAUGAUGACCACGAGCAUGAAUGGCUGCCCGAUUUGAGUCCGAAAUUGCACUAUCCAGAUGCAUACCAACCUCGACUAUCAUCUGCAGCUGGUUUUGUGAAAAAGUUGCAUGGUCUUACUGCUCAGAAGAAGGGUUAUAUGGACUUACAUGAAGUGGCUUGGGAAGAAAAUGUUUCUUGUAGCUAUGGGGCCACUCUUGCAAAAGACCCAGGUUGUAAUUUGCCCUGCAGUUGGACAACUGCCGAUCCUUCAACAUUUCUAAUUCGAGGAGAAACUUAUUUACAAGACCAUCAGAAGGUUAAGGCAAAAGGCUCCUUGAUGCAAAUGGUUGCCGCAGAUUGGAUAAGAUCUGACAAACGUGAAGACGAUCUUGGCAGCCGUCCUGGUGGCAUUGUUCAGAAAUAUGCAGCACAAGGUGGACCUCAGUUCUUCCUCAUUGUUAAUAUACAGGUUCCGGGAUCAACUACAUAUGGGCUGGCACUAUAUUUCAUGACGAAAACUCCUUUGGAAGAAACUCCUACACUAGAGCGCUUUGUAAAUGGAGAUGAUGCCUAUAGAAAUUCAAGGUUUAAGCUCAUACCGUACAUUUCUAAGGGAUCAUGGAUAGUAAAGCAAAGUGUGGGGAAGAAAGCUUGCUUGGUGGGACAGGCACUAGAAAUAAAUUAUCAUCGGGGAAAGAACUACUUGGAGCUUGGGGUCGAUGUGGGGUCAUCAACUGUGGCAAGGGGCGUAGUCAGUCUUGUUCUCGGAUACCUCAACAAUCUUGUUAUAGAGAUGGCAUUUUUGAUACAGGCCGACACACAAGAAGAGCUCCCAGAACAUCUCCUUGGAAUGUGUCGUCUUAAUCAUCUGGACAUAUCGAAAACGGUUGUCGUAACACCAUGAUCAUGUUGGUUACACCAGAUGACGGAUUAUUAGUUUCCUGUUAAACAGAUAAGAUUGGCAAGAGCGAUGAAGUGAUGCUCGUGAAGGCUAUUCAUGUACAGGUUUUGGUCAAAGUGAAGAUGACAGAUAUGUACAGUGUCAGAUGAUUCUUUGAUUUGGGUGGGGGGAAUUCAAAUUGUAAAGUUCUCUUUUUCCUUGCUGUGGCUUUUAUCUUCAAUUUUUAUUAUUUGAGAUUGGUACAAUUUUUGUAAUGUAUGGUACAAUUAUCAUAAUGAAUUGAAAUUAUUUAAUAAAAUAACAUUGCUAAAUUGGUGAAA